AUGGUCCGCCUUGCCAGCUACCUGCUGCUGUUCGCAGCUCUCGGGGCGGCAGCGCCUCCAAACAUUCCUUGGAAAGAGGAUGGCUCACAGCAAGUGAUCGGCGAGCCGUCGACGUCGAGAUCGCAGCCUGCACCUAGAAAGCUCCGGGGUAAAUUCCUGCACAUCACAGACAUCCACCCCGACCCUUUCUACAAGCCUAACUCCGAUCCUGACGAACAAUGCCAUUCGGGCCAUGGCAACGCCGCAUACUUUGGAGCAGAAGUGACCGACUGCGAUACGCCUCUGAGCCUGGUGAAUGCCACCUUCCGAUGGAUUGAGGCCAACCUCAAAGACCAGGUCGAUUUUGUCGUCUGGACCGGCGACUCCGCCCGCCAUGACAACGACGAACGCCUUCCCCGAUCAGACAAGCAGGUGCUCAAGCUCAACCGAUUUAUUGUAGACAAGUUUGUCGAGGCUUUUGGCAAACCGGACAACAUAGACGACCCGGACCCAACCAAUGAUUUCGUCGUCCCCAUCGUUCCCACCUUUGGGAACAACGAUAUCCUCCCUCACAACAUCUUCACCCCCGGGCCGAACAAGUGGACGCGAACCUACCUGGACGUCUGGGACCGCUUCAUACCACAGGCACAACGUCAUUCAUUUGCAAGAGGUGGCUGGUUCUUCACAGAAGUUAUACCCAACAAACUAGCGGUCUUUAGCCUCAACACUCUGUACUUUUUCGAUUCGAACUCAGCAGUAGACGGCUGCGACUUAAAAUCCGAGCCAGGCUACGAGCACAUGGAGUGGCUCCGGAUCCAACUACAAUUCCUCCGCGAUCGAGGCAUGAAGGCCAUCCUUAUAGGCCAUGUGCCACCGGCCAGGACCGAAAGCAAACAGAAUUGGGACGAAAGCUGUUAUCAGAAAUUCACCUUGUGGAUGAGACAGUAUCGAGAUGUGAUUGUCACCUCGAUCUUUGGGCAUAUGAACAUCGAUCAUUUUAUGUUCCAGGAUGUCAAGGAACUGCAUUACAAGUUCAAGAUCAAGGGUAUCGAUGACGGACCUGGCAAGAUCAAGCGCCUCAAAUCACAACCAAAUGACACCUUUUCCAUUGCCGCCAAGGCACAAUACUUGAAUGAAUUGAGGUCAGGCUGGUCAGAACUACCCAGCCCGCCAGCCGGACAUUCAUAUAUGUCUCUGGAUAGGGUAGAGAUUCCAGAUGAUAUUAUCGAUGCUCGAAAGAAGGACGAAGGGAAAGAGCUCGCAAAGUUUCUGGAAGCCAUCGGCGGACCGUGGGCUGAGAGAUUCAGCAUGUCUCUGGUGUCUCCGAGCGUUGUGCCCAACUUCUUUCCCACUCUUCGAGUUAUAGAGUACAACAUCACAGGGAUGGAAAAUGACCACCCAGCCGAGGGAGCGAUUGGAGAACCUGCACUUGAAACCCAUCUCGAUGACCAGACGAGUGAAGAAGUGAUCUCCGAAGAUGAGUCUGACGAAGACAACGGCCCAGAAGACGAUAUCCACGACCUGAAGAAAAAGAAGAAAGGCAAAAAGGGGAAGAAGAAGCCGAAGAAACCCAAGUUCCCAGUGCCGAAACCACCAUCCAAAACGUCUCCUCCUGGUCCGGCUUAUUCUCCUCAAUCGUUGUCUCUACUGUCGUUCACGCAAUAUUACGCCAAUCUGACCGAAAUCCACGAGCAGAUGCACGCGGACAAGUCCUCGAAAAAGGAUCGCUACAAAUACUUCCAAUACGUACCGGAGUAUACUACGAACAAUGACAGCGCAUAUCAGAUGAAAGACUUGACCGUGCGGUCGAUGCUGGAUCUGGCCGAGAAAAUGGGACGGGACAGCCUGAGGUCGAUCGUUACAGACACCGAGCAUGGGGGGAGCGAUGCUGAUUCCUCCACGAAAAGGGGUGACAAGAACAAAACCAAGCGUCGCAAGAAUCACCUAUGGAAGGUGUUUAUCAAGCGCGCUUACGUGCAUACCAAACCUGACGAUGAGAUCGAUCAGCAGUUUUGA